CAGAACAGUAGGGCAACAGACAGACGAGUGUGGGGCAGAUUCCAUUUAUAAAUUUAAGAAUAUUACAUUGACCAACAUAAUGGCGGGAAUGAUAUCUUUUCUACAUAAAAGUCAGCUUCGUCUGGAUUCCGGAUCAGGAGCUGCUACGAUGGAAGAUAGUGGAAAUGAUUAUAGAAAACCCUGUAGAAGAAGUCCUGCCAGUGGAAGGCGUAUUCUUGCGCUCGGGCACGGAAUGAAAACUCUAGCUGGGCCAUCAGACAGAUUACCGAAGCGUUUCAGAAAAAAACGUUGCAAUGAAAUUCAUCCGCUACUUCGACGAAGUGUCUGCACUUUAAUAAUGGCGGGAGCAGGAUUGAUGGCAGGAAUUACUAUCUUACUUGUUGAUCAUUAUAUGCAUAAAGAGAUUUCGAGGGCUGGGAUAAUAGUUUCAUCUAUAUCACUGUGUUUUAUAAUUCUCGGAAUAGCUUGGCUAUGUUGGAGCACAGCUCAACUUCGAAAACUCAGAGAAAAGAUUCUUGAGAAACAAGCUGAACGUGAAAAUAGGCAGGGGAAAGGAGGAGGAACAGGCCAAUUUUAUACUGAUCGGCCCGCACAUGAUCCUGCAUCUCUUUCUGCCGCCAAAUGGCCAAUGGAGUCCGUUAUUAGAGAAGAUUCAUCUAAAUCAAGAAGACUAAACUCUCGUAAUAGCGUCGAAUAUGAGGGUGAUAUUCCUUACAACGUUCCCACAAACUCCAGAAAAUAUAAUAAGUUCAAUCAGCUGCCAUCCAACAUGUCCGGAACUAGUUUGAUGAGUGAAAAUGACAGCGUUUUUACACGUGAACUUUCAACCAUGGAUUUCUACAGACAAAAAUCAAUCGACAGUCGUCAGUCCACAGGUUCUGGUCCAGUACCGCAGAUUUACGUCACAGGGUGCACCAACGAGCAGAAAAAAGAAGAUAAGAAAGAAGACUCGUCAUCCCGGAGAGCUCCUAAGACAGAAAACAUCGAAAUGAGAAAAAUAUGACUAUGUAAAAAGUAGAGCUCAACUAUUACGGGAAAUAAUAAGUGCACCGCAGAGGAUGGGCUUCACGCGGUUUAAAUAAAUACGUGCCCGUUGCGAUAACAGCGCCACUGAUGGUGGCCAUGCGACUGACUGCUAAUAGCAUAGAAUUAAAUAUUAUAAUACUAAGUGAAUGAGGUCAAAUUCUAAUCUUACAACACAACAUUCUUAAUAAUCCAUGCGCCAUAAUAUUGUUCCAGGCAAUUGUGUUCACCGCAAUUCUCUUAUUUUUGCACUUCCAAUAUUAAAAAGCAUUUGAUUCCAAGUUGCCAUUAUUAUCAUUAAAAUUGUUGAUCAUAUGCUUCAGUUUGACAUAAUUUCUAAAAUACUCACACAACAUGGCAUCUGAACUGAUUUUUGGAUGAACAGAUAUAUAAUGGUAUUGUGUCACUGAUUUAUCUGAGAAUAUUUUGUUGUCAACUUAAUAUUGCUAACGGCAUAUGAUAUACUGUAUAUAAUUCCGUGUAUAAUCGGUACAUUUUACAAUCACUUCUGAUAAUAAUCUUUUAAUACAAUAUAAUAGGCUCCGCUGCCACCUUCCAUAGACAAGUUAGAUUAGCAAUUUUUUAAUUUGAAUCUUUAUACUUUUCAGUUAUUUAUACGAUGAUCUAAUAUAAUUCUGCCAUGUUUUUGCUUUGUUUGCUAUUUGAAACAAUAAAAAUAUAAGUGUCAAUGAAAAUACGGCACCGGCUUUAGCUGUGGUGAAAAUCAACAUGAGAUCACUGCUAUCAAUAAACUGUUCAAUCACCAGAACGUGAAACAUUUUUAUAAAAGGUAAUAAACAAGUCGUUCUGCUAAAUUGUUGUUGUUGUCAAUUUUUUGUUGUUGUUGUUACGACGGUUGUUAGGAUUGUUUUGGUAAGAAAUCACCUUUCUGUGCAACUGAUAAACCAACCGAUUUCAAAUACGGACAAGGUAACUAGGAGGCUGUUAUCUUAUCUUCCA